AACGUCUCAUCGCAGGAGCCGCAACGGGAUAUCUCCUCUGGGGAGAUGAAACCUCAAUGGGCUUAGAUUUCUUGGACUGCGACUUAGCGAAAGCCGAUAACUUUGCGUUCUUCGGAGGUGGAGGAGUUGCUGCUACGGGGGCACUGGCAGCCGGAACAGUAGCGACUACCGGUGGAGAGGCUUCUGGAGCAGGUGGUGGUGUGCCCGCUACGGGAGUGGCAGCGACUGGAGUAGCUGCAACUGGUGGGGUGGCAACGGGAGCAGCAGCAGCUGGCGUGGAGGCGACUGGGGUAGGGACGGCCGGCACAGUGGCAACCGGCGUACUUGCUACGGGAGCAGCUGCAGCCGGUGUAGAGGCUAUUGGCGUAGCGGCAACGGGUGUAGCGGCAACAGGGGUAGAGGCUACCGGUGCAGGCGCUGCUGGCGUAGAGGCUGCAGGCGUCGUAGCGACUGGCGUAACGGCGGCUGGAGCAUUAGCAGCUGGAGUAGAUGCCACGGGCGUCGCCGCGACUGGCGUAGAUGCAACAGGAGUGCUAGCCACUGGAGUAGUUGCGGCCGGCGUAAUCGCAGCUGGACUGACUGCAACUGGUGAGGCCGCAGGUGUGUUUGCAAUCGGCGUGGAGGCAACAGGUGUAGCGGCGACCGGAGUAGAAGUAACUGUAGAGGCAACGGCUGGCGUGGAGGCUACAGGCGUAUUCGUUACUGGAGUGGUUGCAACUGGCGUGGAGGCAACGGGAGUAGCUGCAACUGGCGUAGAAGCUACAGGAGUCGUUGCGACUGGUGUGGUUGCGACGGGAGUACUUACAACUGGCGCAGAAGCUACAGGAGUAGUUACAACCGGGGUAGCUGCAACCGGGGUAGUUGCAACAGGCGUAGAUGCAACUGGUGUACUGGCGACGGGAGUACUAGCAACUGGUGUAGAGGCGACUGGAGUAGUAACAACCGGUGUAGAAGCUACAGGCGAGGUUGCAACUGGUGUAGUUGCGACUGGUGAAGCAGCUACUGGUGUAGAGGCAACCGGAGUUGUUGCAACAGGUGUAGACGCUACUGGCGUGGAAGCAAUGGGAGUAGCUGCAACUGGCGUACUCGCAACUGGCGUAGUGGCAACAGGAGUGGUAGCAACUGGUGUAGUGGCGACUGGCGUCGAAGCAACGAGAGCUGCAAUGGGAGUUGUUGCAACAGGAGUAGAGGCUACAGGUGUAGUUGCAACCGGAGUAGUGGCAACUGGCGUAGAAGCUAUAGGAGUACUUGCAAUGGGAGUACUAGCAACUGGAGUCGUAGAGACAGGUGUAGAGGCUACUGGUGUAGCUGCAACUGGUAUGGCAGCAACUGGUGUGGCAGCUACUGGUGUAGAGGCAACCGGAGUUGUUGCAACUGGUGUAGAUGCAACAGGAGUACUUGCAACAGGAGUACCUGCAAUGGGCGUGGCUGCAACGGGCGUAGUUGCGACUGGUGUCGCAGCAGUUGGCGUAGAUGCUACCGGUGUGUUUGCUACAGGUGUAGUUACAACGGGUGUAGUGGCUGGUGGAGUAGUAGCGACUGGCGUAGUUGCAACUGGAGUAGUUGCGAUGGGAGUUGUAGCGACUGGUGUAGAGGCCACUGGAGUCGUGGCGACUGGCGUGGAGGCAAUAGGUGUGUUUGCAACUGGUGUAGUGGCAAUUGGUGUUGCAACCGGAGUGGCGGCUACCGGCGUCGACGCAAUUGGAGAAGUAGGAGGAGGAGUAGCCGCAAUCGGUGUUGUAGCAGGAGGUGUUGCUACUGGCGUUGUGACGGGAGGUGUAGUGGCAACUGGUGUAGCUGCACCUGGGGUGGUAGUAGGAGGCGUAGUCGGACCUGGCGUACUUGCAACUGGUGUACUUGCGGGAGGUGUGGACACAGGCGUUGCCGGUACUGGAGUUCUCACUGGUGGUGUGGCGGCAAUUGAAGUAGUGCCGACUGGCGUAGAAGCAACUGGCGUUGUAGCAGGAGGGGUAGAGGCUAUCGGUGUAGAAGCAAUGGGAGUGUUUGCUGGGGGCGUAGCUGCCACUGGUGUAGAGGCGAUUGGAGUGGUGGCAACCGGUGUGGUAGCAGGAGGUGUAGAGGCUACUGGAGUGUCGCAGGAGGCGAAGUUGCGACAGGAGGGGGUGUAGCAACAGGUGUACUUGCUAUGGGAGUUGUCGCCACAGGCGUGCUAGCAGGAGGA